GGGAUGGAGCCGGGCAGCCCGCGGCCCCCGAGGCCCAGCCCGGGCCUGGGGUCGAGCCUGGACGCCCGGCUGGGCGUGGACACGCGCCUCUGGGCCAAGGUGCUGUUCACCGCGCUCUACGCGCUCAUCUGCGCGCUGGGCGUGGCGGGCAAUGCGCUGUCCGUGCACGUGGUGCUGAAGGCGCGGGCCGGCCGCCCCGGGCGCCUGCGCUACCACGUGCUCAGCCUGGCGCUGGCCGCCCUGCUGCUGCUGCUGGUCAGCGUGCCCAUGGAGCUCUACAACUUCGUGUGGUUCCACUACCCCUGGGUGUUCGGCGACCUGGGCUGCCGCGGCUACUACUUCGUGCGCGAGCUGUGCGCCUACGCCACGGUGCUCAGCGUGGCCAGCCUGAGCGCCGAGCGCUGCCUGGCGGUGUGCCAGCCUUUGCGUGCCCGCCGCCUGCUUACGCCGCGCCGGACCCGGCGCCUGCUGUCGCUCGUCUGGGCGGUCUCAUUCGGCCUCGCCCUGCCCAUGGCGGUCAUCAUGGGGCAGAAGUACGAGCUGGAGACGGCGGGCGGGGAUCCGGAGCCCGCCUCGCGCGUGUGCACCGUGCUAGCGAGUCGCGUGACACUGCAAGUCUUCAUCCAGGUGAAUGUGCUGGUAUCCUUCGUGCUCCCCUUGGCACUAACCGCCUUCCUGACCAGUGUCACCGUGAGCCAUCUGGCGGCCCUCUGCUCCCAGGUGCCCACAGCUUCUGCCCCAGGCAGCUUCGCUACCAGCCAUCUGGAGCUACUGAGCGAGGAGGGUCUGCUCAGCUUCAUUGCAAGGAGGAAGACCCUCUCCCUAGGAGGCCAGGCCAGUCUGGUGAGACACAAGGAUGCGAGCCGGAUCCGCAGCCUCCAGAGCAGCAUCCAGGUUCUGAGAGCCAUCGUGGCUGUGUAUGUCCUCUGCUGGCUGCCGUACCACGUCCGCAGGCUCAUGUUCUGCUACGUCUCCGAGGACAGGUGGACCAACACGCUCUACGAUUUCUACCACUACUUCUACAUGGUGACCAACACGCUUUUCUACGUCAGCUCUGCGGUGACCCCUGUCCUCUACAGUGCCCUGUCCUCCUCCUUCAGAAAACUCUUCCUGGAAGCCCUCAGCUCCCAGUGUCGAGAGCCGCUACCCCUAGAAGCGCCACAGUCCCGCCCUAAUGGGUACAGGUUCCGACUCUGGGGACCACCCAGAAGCUCUGACCUGGAUGACAUACCAGGAUGACAGGUGGAGCCCCAGAGUGUCGGGCAGCUCAGCCACCGGGCAUGGCACUAAGAGUUCAAGCCCGCGGUCAGUGGGGCACGCGCUGACCCAGCUCUGCCGCUUACCUGCCUGGAGCUGUGGGCAAGUCACGGAGCUCCUUCGCCUCAGUUUCCUCAUGUAGGUAAUGGGGGUGGGGAUAGUCCUCCCCUCUCAGUGCUGCCUGAGAUUAACCUGCUUAGCUCAGUGCCUGGUGCCUCAGCACUCAAUAAAUCUUCCCCGGUGUGCAUCUGGCGGUUAUUGUUA